GCUAAACUGUAAACUACCACAAGAUUGAACUCUCUCUCUCUCCCCCUUUCUCUCUCUCUCUCUCUCUCCAAACUCCAUAGCAAUGGAGCUUCGCUCUCUACAAUCACCCAGCAUCACAGGCAUACCCUCCUCUCUAACCCUAACUGGUUUGAGAGACAAACCGUUUGCGAGUGGUCAAGCGAUCAAGUUUCCCAAUUACAAGAGGUUCGGAGAUGCCUCGAAUCUCAAACUUGUUGGAUUCAGAGUUCAAGCUUCAGGCUCCACAAUGUUUAGCUCAGAGGCAGUUGAAGCAAUUACAAAGGAUGCCAAUUCAAAAGAUGACAAUCUUGUAUUUGUUGCUGGUGCUACUGGUAAAGUUGGGUCACGGACUGUAAGGGAGCUUUUGAAAUUGGGAUUCAAAGUUAGAGCAGGUGUCCGAAGUGCUCAAAGGGCAGAAUCUCUUUUGCAAAGUGUUCAGCAGAUGAAGCUUGGUGAUGAAGUUGCAAGCGAAGGAACUAAACCUAUAGAGAAGCUUGCAAUUGUAAAGUGUGACUUGGAGAAAUGGGAUCAGAUUGGGCCAGCAUUAGGCAAUGCAUCAGUUGUUAUAUGUUGCAUUGGAGCCAGUGAGAAGGAGGUUUUCGAUAUCACUGGACCAUAUCGAAUUGACUAUCAGGCUACAAAAAAUCUUAUUGAUGCAGCAACUGUAGCAAAAGUUAACCACUUCAUUUUGCUUACAUCUUUGGGGACAAACAAGGUUGGAUUUCCUGCAGCGAUUUUGAAUUUGUUUUGGGGAGUUCUGAUUUGGAAAAGGAAGGCAGAAGAAGCACUGCUAGCUAGUGGUCUCCCUUACACUAUAGUGAGACCUGGAGGCAUGGAGCGACCUACUGAUGCUUACAAAGAAACUCAUAAUGUCACCGUUUCAGAGGAAGAUACCUUGUUUGGUGGUCAAGUAUCAAAUCUUCAGGUGGCAGAACUCAUGGCAUUUAUGGCAAAAAAGCGUAGCAUUUCAUAUUGUAAGGUGGUCGAAGUUAUUGCAGAAACAACUGCACCAUUGACUCCUGUGGGAGAGCUCCUUGUGAAGAUUCCAUCUCAACGUGUUGAGAUUAAGCCACUGAAGGAAUCAGAUACUGCAGGUGGGCCUCAAUCUUCUAAGAGUGUUGUAUCUGAGCCUCCGCUGAGCGCUCCUGUUGAGAAAGAACCUGCCAUAGAAAAAGCAGUGGCAGCAAGUCCUCUUUCUCCUUAUAUUGUCUAUGAGGAUUUGAAACCACCUACAUCUCCUACUCCAACCCCCAGCACUUCUGCUGGUGCUACUCAAGCAAGCCAUGUAGAGGGAAUUUCAUCAGCAUUGAAGAUUGCCCCUUCAUCUACACAAAUUAACAUUUCAGAAUCCCCAAGCACUGUAACUGAAAAGGAAGCUGUCCAGACAGAAGUGAAGAAAAAAACUCCUCUGUCACCUUAUGCAAAAUAUGUUGACUUAAGGCCUCCUACAUCACCGUCUCCUAAUGCACCAACCGGGUCACUCUUGCCACCAUCUUCCUCGAAUGGUGGGUCUCAAAUGGCCACGGUGUUGGUGAACAACACAGCUCAAGCCCUCCCAAAUGAACAACAUCCUGCUGGACCAAAACCAAGGCCGCUUUCACCUUUUUCCAUGUAUGAAGAUUUAAAGCCUCCAACUUCUCCAAUGCCAUCCCCAAGAAAAUUAUAGAGAAUGAUGACUGCCCAUCGAUUCCUAUGAGCUAUAAAUUCAUAUUUCCUCAAAGACUUCCUCUAUGAAUGAUAGCGGAAUGAUUAAAGAAAAUGAGGGUAUACUUUAGAUUCAUAGGAGGCAUACAAUUAUAAUUGGAGUGUUUUUGUAUUUAUUACUUUAUUUUUUCUGUUUAUAGUUUUGCUGAUAUACAAUAUUGAAAGUGUGAACUAUAUUAGUAUGAUUUUGAUUUGAUGGGAUGAGAAUAGUGUGAAAUGUUUUUAUCA